AGUUGCCGGCAGAGAGACUGUUUUCCAAUAGUCAACUUGUUCCCUUCAUACAAAACAUGAUUCUCCCAAAUUUGUUCAAGAUUCCGAUUACACUCUAACGAUCAUCACUCUUUGGGGAAGGGAAAUGUCAUCGGCAUCGUUGGCUACCCAUCUCAUAGCCUCCCUCUUCCUCUGCCCUCUCGGCCUCCGCCGCCUCCUCUUCUCCUCCUCUCUCUACCUCAACAACCCCUCCCUCUUCCGAUCAAGAACAUGGUAUCUCUCCGAAUCCAAGUGGAAAAACCUCGACAUCUACUCCCUCUUAAUACUCCUCCCAAUUGCCUCAUUCUCCCACACCGUCUUCUUCCUCGCAUUUUCAGAAACCCCAGCCCACAAAUUCUCAUUCUUGCAGCAGUCCGUCGUCGUUUCCCUCUUCUGGGCCAUCUUGAUUCUGAUCUAUGUCAAAGAAAGUUUCGAUCUUUUCUCUGUACCCGACAAUCUUGUAUUCGCAUUCGCUGCAAUUGCAUUUCUGAUUGAUUUUUACAUGACUGGGACUGGGCUUGUUGGGGUUGGCGGUUGGGUGUAUCGAAUUCUAGGAUAUUUGACUGUUCUUUGCGCUGUGUGUUGUGUGCAUUUGUCGGUUAGGCCGGAGGCUUUUUUUGCGGAGUUUUUGCUGUCGUGUGGGCUUCUUUUGAAGGGGAGUUGGGUGAUGCAAGUAGGCCUUUCGUUGUAUACUGAUGCGUUUGGUUUGAAGGGAUGUGGUAAGAUUGGUAGAGGGGAGGCUGAUGUCAAGUGUGAGCUUGAUGAUGAUGUUUGGAGGGGUGUGGCAUUGAUUAAUUUGGUGUUUGUUGGGCAUGUGGUUGUGGUUAUGGCGAUCGGCUUCGUGUCGUUUGGAUUGCUGCAUCGCAGGAAACGUGGCGAGGGGAGUGUGCAAGGGUCUGAAAGCAUGCUUAUGCAUCAGCUUCCGGAAAUUGAGAUUGAAUGAAAGGUUUUGGGUCUUUUGCUGUUUUGGUUACAUUGAGCCGUUUUAAGUUUCUUAGCUAUUGGUGGUUGCAUUUUAUUGAUGUCAGAAAGAGGUUCUAGGCAUCAGAUCUUGCAGGGGGGAGAUGAAGUUAGGGCUGCCUUAACAG